AGGGGCCGCGCGGCCCGAGGCGGCGGGGACGCGGGGACGCGGGGACGCGGCUUUGUGCUGGCGGGUCGCGGGGCGCCCAUGGCGGAGUGCGGCCGGGGGGGCGCCGCCGGCGGGGCCCUGCCCACCUCCCCGGGCCCGGUCCUCGCGGCCAAGGGCGCCCUGAGAGCCGGGGCCGGGGAAGGCGGCGGCGGCGGCGGAGGGCGCCUCGGCCACGGGCGGGCGCGCUAUGACAGCGCCGGGGUUUCCAACGGAGACUGCAGCCUCGGCGUGUCCGCGGACGAAGCCCAGGCCAGCCCCUCCAGGGGCCCCCGCGGCGCCGCGCUCGCCCCGACCCCCGGCCCGGCCGCCUGCCCCCUCCCCCGGGAGAGCAAGCCGGGCGGCCUGCCCCGCCGGAGCAGCAUCAUCAAGGAUGGUACCAAACAGAAAAGAGAGCGGAAAAAGACGGUCUCCUUCAGCAGUAUGCCCACGGAGAAAAAGAUUAGCAGUGCAAGUGAUUGUAUCAAUUCCAUGGUGGAGGGUUCGGAACUCAAAAAGGUUCGCUCCAACUCUAGAAUUUACCACAGGUAUUUUUUACUGGACGCUGACAUGCAGAGCCUGAGGUGGGAGCCAUCCAAGAAGGAUUCUGAGAAAGCCAAGAUUGAUAUUAAAUCCAUCAAGGAAGUGAGAACAGGAAAAAAUACAGACAUAUUCCGCAGCAAUGGCAUUUCUGACCAGAUAUCUGAAGACUGUGCAUUUUCCGUCAUCUACGGAGAGAAUUACGAGUCACUUGAUUUGGUUGCCAACUCCGCAGAUGUUGCGAACAUCUGGGUCACGGGACUGCGGUACCUAAUUUCUUAUGGGAAACAUACGCUCGAUAUGUUAGAGAGUAGCCAAGACAACAUGAGGACUUCUUGGGUCUCACAAAUGUUUAGUGAAAUUGAUGUAGAUAACCUGGGACAUAUAACUCUGUGCAGCGCCGUGCAGUGUAUCAGAAAUCUCAAUCCUGGUUUAAAAACGAGCAAGAUUGAGCUUAAGUUCAAAGAAUUGCACAAGUCCAAGGACAAAGCUGGUACUGAAGUCACAAAGGAGGAAUUUGUUGAGGUUUUCCACGAGCUUUGUACUAGACCUGAAAUUUAUUUCCUUUUAGUUCAGUUCUCAAGCAAUAAAGAAUUCCUUGAUACCAAGGACCUUAUGAUGUUUCUGGAGGCAGAGCAGGGUGUGGCACAUAUAAAUGAGGAAAUAAGCCUUGAAAUUAUUCACAAGUAUGAGCCAUCCAAAGAGGGUCAGGAAAAGGGCUGGCUGUCCAUAGACGGGUUCACUAAUUACCUUGUGUCCUCUGACUGUUAUAUAUUUGAUCCAGAGCAUAAGAAGGUCUGUCAGGACAUGAAGCAACCCUUGUCUCAUUACUUUAUAAACUCAUCUCAUAAUACGUACUUAAUAGAGGAUCAGUUCCGAGGUCCCUCUGAUAUCACAGGAUACAUCCGAGCUCUUAAAAUGGGUUGCCGGAGUGUUGAAUUGGAUGUAUGGGACGGGCCGGAUAAUGAACCUGUGAUUUACACAGGCCACACCAUGACCUCGCAGAUCGUCUUCCGCAGCGUCAUUGAUAUUAUUAACAAGUAUGCAUUCUUUGCUUCAGAGUACCCUCUCAUCCUGUGUUUGGAAAAUCACUGUUCUAUUAAACAACAGAAGGUCAUGGUUCAACACAUGAAGAAAAUUUUAGGAGACAAGCUCUACACAACCUCACCCAGUGCUGAGGAAUCUUACCUGCCAUCCCCAGAUGUCCUGAAAGGGAAGAUACUCAUUAAGGCAAAGAAGCUGUCUUCCAACUGCUCUGGAGUAGAGGGCGAUGUUACUGAUGAGGAUGAAGGGGCAGAGAUGUCUCAGAGGAUGGGCAAGGAGAACGCAGAGCUGCCCAACCACGUGCCUGCCAAGCGCUUCCAGCUCUGCAAAGAGCUGUCCGAGCUGGUGAGCAUCUGCAAGUCGGUGCAGUUCAAAGAGUUCCAGGUGUCCUUUCAGGUUCAGAAGUACUGGGAAGUCUGCUCGUUCAACGAAGUGCUUGCCAGCAAAUACGCCAACGAGAAUGCAGGGGACUUUGUCAAUUAUAACAAGCGCUUUCUCGCCAGGGUUUUUCCCAGCCCCAUGAGAAUUGACUCCAGCAACAUGAACCCUCAAGAUUUUUGGAAAUGUGGUUGUCAGAUCGUGGCCAUGAACUUUCAGACCCCAGGACUGAUGAUGGACCUGAACAUCGGCUGGUUUAGGCAGAACGGGAACUGCGGCUAUGUGCUGCGGCCGGCCAUCAUGAGGGAGGAGGUCUCCUUCUUCAGCGCCAACACCAAAGACUCCGUCCCAGGAGUCUCACCCCAGCUCCUUCACAUCAAGAUCAUCAGCGGGCAGAACUUCCCCAAACCCAAAGGAUCGGGUGCUAAAGGCGACGUGGUGGACCCUUACGUCUACGUUGAGAUCCACGGGAUCCCCGCUGACUGUGCAGAACAGAGGACAAAAACAGUGCACCAGAACGGAGACGCUCCCAUCUUCGACGAAAGCUUUGAGUUCCAGAUCAACCUGCCCGAACUGGCCAUGGUGCGCUUUGUGGUCCUGGACGACGACUACAUCGGGGAUGAGUUCAUCGGCCAGUACACGAUUCCCUUCGAGUGUCUGCAGACGGGCUACCGCCACGUGCCGCUGCAGUCGCUCACCGGCGAGGUCCUCGCCCACGCUUCUCUGUUCGUGCACGUGGCCAUCACGAACCGGAGAGGAGGCGGGAAGCCUCACAAGAGGGGCCUCUCUGUGAGAAAAGGGAAGAAGUCCAGGGAAUAUGCGUCCCUGAGAACACUGUGGAUUAAAACUGUGGACGAGGUCUUCAAGAAUGCCCAGUCCCCAAUUCGGGACGCCACCGACCUGAGAGAGAACAUGCAGAAUGCAGUGGUGUCCUUCAAGGAGCUGUGUGGCCUCUCCUCCGUAGCCAACCUCAUGCAGUGCAUGCUGGCGGUGUCUCCCCGCUUCCUGGGACCUGAUAACACGCCCCUGGUGGUCCUGAAUCUCAGCGAGCAGUAUCCCACCAUGGAGUUGCAGGGAAUCGUGCCCGAGGUUCUGAAAAAGAUCGUAACAACUUACGACAUGAUGAUCCAGUCCCUCAAGGCGUUGAUUGAAAAUGCAGACGCUGUGUAUGAAAAGAUUGUACACUGUCAGAAAGCAGCCAUGGAAUUCCAUGAACACUUGCACAGCAUAGGCACCAAGGAAGGUCUGAAGGAACGCAAACUGCAAAAAGCGGUGGAGAGCUUUACCUGGAAUAUUACCAUCUUAAAGGGACAAGCGGAUCUCUUGAAGUACGCCAAGAACGAGACUGUGGAGAACCUGAAGCAGAUCCACUAUGCGGCUGUCUCCUGUGGACUCAAUAAACCAGGCACAGAAAACACCGACGUCCAGAAGCCGCGCCGGAGCCUUGAAGUCAUACCCGAAAAAGCAAACGAUGAAACUGGAGAAUGAGGGCACCUUCUAGAGAUGAUUACAGCAUUUAUAACUCUAGGACCAAUUGUAGCCAGAUGGGACAUUUGCUUUGCACUCACUAAUGAAAAAUAAUAUUGGGGAUUUUAAAGCACAACUGGAAUAGCUAAUUGCCGCCUAUUAAAACUGUGAAUGUAUGUAGCAACCCUGCGUGUGGAGGCAAAUAAACUCUUUAACAAGAAAUUCUC